GCGCCUUUUCCCCGUCCCCAAGGGCCCGGCGGGAGCCUUGGCGAGGGCUGCGCCCGGCGUCGCUCCCGUUAAUCCGGGCACUGAUCCCGCCUGAUGCCGCAGGGUCGGGGGUCACCGGCAGCCCCCGCCAUAACUGCUCAGCAUCCUCGCCGCCGCUUCUCCUGCCCGCUCCCCCCCCCCCAAUUAUUAUCCCCCGGAGAGAGAGAGAGCUAAUUAACACGCCGGCGGGUGCCCCGCGAUGCUCCGCGUCCCACGGGCUGCGGCGGGAGGCGGCUCCGCUCCUCCCCGUCUCUCCCUCCGCUGAGUCUCUUUCCCCCCCCCCCUCCGCGAGCGCGGAGCCGCUCCGAGGAGCAGGAAUGGAGCGGGAAUUGCCCCGGAGCAAAGCCCGGCUGCCCUCGCUGCUCCUGGCGCUGCUGGGGCUCGGCCCAGAGCUGCUCUUCGGCCAAGCCCGGGCGCAGCCCCAGCAGGUCAACGGCGUCCUGGGGGGGUCGGUGCUGCUCUCCCCGGCUCUGCCCCCCAACAAGACGGUGAAGGAGAUCGAGUGGAGCUUCUCCGCCGGCACCGGGGCCAUGAUCCAGGUGGCGGAGUUCAGCCGCGGCGGGUUCGAGCGCCCCGAUCCCAGGGAUCGCUUCGGGAAGCGGCUGGAGAGGUACAACGAGACGGCGCUGAGGAUCCGCGCCCUGGAGAGGGGCGACAGCGGCGUCUACGGGGCGAGGAUUAAACUGCACCCGGCACUGGUGGAGGAUCAAACCUUCAACCUCUCCGUCUACGAGUCGGUGCCGAGCCCCCGGACCCGCAGCCAGCUCCUGGCCAGCACCUUGGAAUGGUGCAACCUGACCCUGCAGUGCCAGGGCUCCGGGAAAGGCGCCGUGAACGUCACCUGGAAGCGCGACAGCCUCACCGGGGACCUGAUCCCCGACCGCCACCAGCUGUCCCCGGACGGGACCACCCUGAGGGUCAACCUGCCCCCCACGGCCGCCAACGUCACCUACGCCUGCACCGUCAGCAACCCCGCCGACCAAAAAGUCGCCCUGUUCGACCUGCAAACCAUCUGCCAGGGCGGAGGGGGCACAACGUCCUUCUCGACCUCGGGGUACAUCGUGCUGACCCUCAUCCUGCUGGCCGUGAGCCUGGGGGGGGCCUUCUGGUGCUGGAGGAUGAACAGCGAGAAGGCGUCGGAUCCAGCCGCCACCCCCACGGUGGCCGCCGAGGAAAGCCCCUCGGAGCCCCAGUACACCGACAUCGUGUGCAGGAGCCCCCCGGAAGGUAAUGACCAGGGCCCGAGUCACCCCGAGAAUAACCAGGAGCAGAGCUCGCCGCAGAAAGCACCGGCGGCCGCCCCCGGCGAGGAGCAGCAGCAGGGCCAGGCAGCGCCAGGGGACACGGCCGAGGAGGUGACAUAGACCCUCAGGCACCCGCAGGGCCGGAGCGCCGGGAUCUCCUGGAAGGGCUGUAAAAGUGCGUCGUGUGCCAAAUCCCAACCCAAAUCCAGCCCCCCCCCCCGUUUCGGCUCCGGGAUCGGGAGGCUCCACCGCGGGACUUCAGCCGGACGGACCCCCUUCCCCACCCACCCCCUCCUCCGGUUCAUCCCCAACCUCCUUCCCCGGUGCCCUCCGAGACUGUUUGGGGAGCGCGAUCCCGGACCGAGGUGGUGGCGGCGGCGGAGUUGGGGGGGUCCCUCCGUGGUGUCCCCCCCUCUGGGAUGCUCCAGGAUGGGGGAAAACCCCGGGAUUUGCCCCCUGGGACUCGGCCGG